AGGGCGAGCAGAGACUAUCCAGGGCAAAGUCUUUCUUCAGCUGAGCUCCAAGCCAAGAACGUUUCAUUCUGGGGAUGAUCUUCAUCUGCUUCUCAGCGUUUGAUCCGGACUCUUCAUCUUCACUCCUCCAUCUCCGGCCAUUGCAAGUCCUCUGAAAAUUCAGGAAAUGGAGAAGCCAACAGAAUCUAAUUAUGAAGUAUUCUUGAGCUUCAGAGGACCGGACACUCGCCGCGACAUCGCUGAUUACCUUUACAACAGCCUCAUUCGUGCCGGAAUACGGGCAUAUAGAGAUAAUGAAGAGCUUCCCAUUGGGGAAGAGAUUGGCCCGGAGCUUGUCCAUGCGAUUAAGCAGUCAGAAAUCUCAAUUCCUAUCUUAUCUAAAGGAUAUGCUGCCAGUCCAUGGUGCCUCAUGGAGUUGGUCCAUAUGGUGGAGUGCAAGGAAAAGUGGGGACAAAAGAUCAUGCCAAUUUUCUAUGACAUUGCACCGUCCGAGGUUCGUUACCAAACUGCAAGUUACGGUGAGGCCAUUAAUUUACACAUAAAUAAGCGGCGGUACACUGAUGAGACUAUUCAGAACUGGAAGGCGGCUCUCAGCAAGGUUGGAGCGUUAAGAGGAUGGGAACUCAAAGAUAGAGGCAAAGGUGAGUUCACAGAAGAAGUUGUUCGGACGCUGUUGAUCGAGUUGAAAAAGAACUACUUGGCAGUAUCUGAUUACUUGGUUGAAAUGGAUGAUCACGUGGACAAAAUCAUGGAAGUGAUAGGUGAACAGACCACUGAAACAAAGAUCGUUGGUAUUUAUGGUAUGGGCGGUGUCGGAAAGACAACUCUUGCCACAAUCAUCUAUAAUAAACUGUCGGCCAAUUCCACUAACUGUUGCUUCCUGUCUAACUUCAAAGACACAAAGAUUGAGAUUUUGCAGAAUCAACUCAUCUCUGGUAUCCUAAAAGAGACAUGUUUGCCCAUCCAUAAUAUAUCAGAAGGGAUUACUGAGAUCAGGAAGAGGUUAUCCUCUAGGAAGGUCAUACUUCUACUUGAUGAUGUCGUCCAAAAGACUCAGCUGGAUGCUCUUGUGGGGAUGGGCAAAUGCUGGUACAGCAGAGGAAGUAAGGUUAUUAUUACCACAAGAAACAAGGUAGUUCUCAAGGAUGUUGAUUUGAAGCACGAACUUACUGAAAUGGAUUUUGAUCAUUCACUUCAACUUUUCAGCAGACAUGCCUUUAGAAGAGAUCAUUCUCCAGCAGAAUACUUCUACCUCUCAAAAAAAGCGGUAAAAAUCUGCGGUCAUCUUCCUUUGGCUCUUGAGAUCAUAGGUUCAUUUUUAGCUGGAAAAGACAGAAAAUUUUGGGAGACCACAUUAGAGAAGCUGGAAACUAUUCCCGAUGAAAAUGUUGAAGAAAAGUUGAACAUUAGUAUCGAGGCAUUACAACCACAUGCGAAGGAAAUAUUUCUUGAUGUUUGUUGCUUCUUCGUUGGGUUUGAUUGGAGAAUUGUAAGGCACAUGUGGAAAAGCUGUGGGUUUUUCCCUGACUAUUAUCUUGAUGUCCUCCAACAGAUGUCGUUAAUAAAGAUUACAGAACUUGAUGAAUUGUGGAUGCAUGAUCUGCUAAGAGACCUUGGGCAACAUUUCGUUCGUCAGAAUGGUAAUUUUAAACCAGAGAAGCAAAGUCGGGUGUGGGAUCAUGAUGAAGCAAUUGAUGUUCUCAUAUCAAAGGGAACAGAAAACGUUGAAGCACUACGUCUCAAGUUUGAUCAUCAAUCUCAACGCUUCUUUAAGAAGGAAGAACUUGAAAACCUAUCAAAUUUAAGGUUUCUUCAAGUGGAUUGUGGAGACUUACAUAUGAACAAUGUCCAGCAUUUUUCUUUAACUAAUUCGUUCCGGAGGAAUCUAUGCAUCCUUCUAAAGUCGAGAUGGCUCUCAUGGCAUAACUUUGUUCAGCAUUUUCCUUCAACCAAGUUUUUCCAGAAAAAUCUGCUCAUCCUUCCGGAGCUGAGAUUUCUCUCAUGGCAUAAGUUUUCCAUCUUUUUCCGAUUGACCACAUUUUCCCUUACGAAGCUAGUGAUUCUUGAUCUAUCACGGAGUAAAAUUACAAAUGAUUGGGAGGGAUGGAACCAACUCAAGAUGGCAAAGAAUUUGAAGGUUCUAAAUUUGACUGAAUGCAGAAACUUGCGUAGAACUCCUGACUUUUCUGCUCAUGAAAAUUUAGUGCAACUAAUUCUUCGAGGGUGCAAGGAACUCGUUCAAGUUGAUAGGUCUAUUGGUAAGUUAAAGCAUUUAGUAUUAUUAAACUUGGAAGAUUGUGAGAAACUUCGGACAUUGCCAGACGAGAUGGAGGAACUGGAAGCCUUGAUAGAACUUCUUGUUGAUUGGACAUCUAUUACCAAAAUUCCUGAAUGGAAAGGAAUGAAGAAAUUGGAAACUCUUAGUGCAGUUGCAUGUAAAUCAUUGAGUAUAUGCAAUUUUGCUGGUUGCUUAACAUCAUUGUUAAAUCUUAGGUUGGAAGAUACAGAAAUUACUGAACUUCCAUUCGGAAAUUUUGGAUCUCUCGUUGAGUUGGAUCUUACUCGGUCAAACAUUAAAGACUUACCCAAUUCAAUAGAGAAAAUGAAGAAUUUGAGAGUACUAAGGAUGUCUUACACCCGUUUAGAAAAGCUACCUAGCGCCCUUGGGAUGUUGGAGAAGCUUGAAGAGAUCGAUGCUAGCGGCUGUGGAAAUUUGUGUGGGGAAAUUCCAAGUGAGAUUGGAAGACUAUCAUUUUUGAGAAUCUUGAGAUUAACGAGCACGGGAAUUUCCAAUAUACCUAAGCUUCCUAAAAGUAUGACCAAUCUAGACCUUAAAUAUAAUCCACAUAUGAGAUGCCCAGAUCUCUCGAACCUAUUAAAUUUGAGAGUUUUGGAGUUGGAUUUAAGGUCUAGAAGCUUGUUCCUGGGAGCUCCAACCCUCAACUGGAUCGGAGGGUUAAGAAAGCUAGAGUCCUUGUUGUUGUGUUGUGAUAGACUGGCCACCCUACCUUCAGAUCUUAAUCUCCUUUCGAAGCUUAGGAAGCUUGUACUCAUCGUAGAUAAACUAGAAUGCCUACCUAUGCUUCCCCAGAAUUUGUCAUACUUCAGAAUUCAAGGGCACAGGUUAAUGGAAAAGUCGAUAGAUGUUUCAUAUUUGGAAAAGUUAUCAGAAUUGCAUGUCAGUUAUUGCAAGCAGCUAACAGAGAUUCAAGGCCUUGGGGGAAAUCUAAAAAGGCUUCAUCUUGAUCAUCUUCCUUCGUUGGUGGAGUUGCCUAACCUGACCAACUUGAAGAAGCUGAGGGUACUUUUGAUAUCAGGUUGUCCUAAACUGGUUGAAGUUCGAGGUCAGCUAGAAUCGUUGAAAGAGCUUCAUUUGAUGUACUGUGAAUCACUUGAAAAGUUGCCUGAUCCAUUAAGCUUCAAGUAUAUAGAAAAAUUAGAUAUAUAUGGCUGUUGCGAGCUAAAAGAGAUUCAAGGCUUGGAAGAUUCAGAAAACUUGAGUUUCUUACGUUUGGGGGAUCUUCCUUUGCUAGAGAAGUUGCCUAACCUGACCAACUCCAAGGAGCUCAAGCAACUCAGUCUAGUGCUUUGUCCUCGUCUGGUCGAGAUUCAAGGUAGGCUAGAAUCAUUGAAGCUCCUUCAUAUUGAUUGCUGCCGGUCUCUGGGAAAGUUAUCUGAUCCUUCAAGCUUCAAGAAGCUAAUCCUUUUGGAAAUAGAUGAAUGUGAAAAGUUCGAGGAGACUCUGGAAUCCGAUGAGUACAGUGAUUUGAGAAACGUGAGACGAGACAUUAAUUAGUGCCAAGUAGGAUAUACUUGAUGCCACGUGUACA